GCUUUGCUUUGCCUUUCUUUAUAUAUUCUACCUUUUUCUUUAUUUUUUUUAAAAGAAAAAAAAAUGUCGGUUUCCGCGCCUUUGAUUGACUUGAAAACCCAGAAAUACGACAGACAAUUACGUUUGUGGGCUGUUACUGGUCAAACUGCAUUGGAACAUGCCAACAUUUGUCUAUUGAAUGCCACGUCUACUGGUUGUGAGAUUCUCAAGAAUCUGAUUUUACCAGGUGUUGGUAGUGUUACAGUGGUAGACGCCAAUUUAGUUCAAGAGGAAGAUAUGAAAACCAAUUUCUUCCUUGAGCCUGCAAGUCUCGGCCAACCAAAGGCAAAGGCAGUUGUUGAAUUACUCCAGGAACUCAAUGAAGAUGCCUCUGUUACAUUUACUAUCAAAGAACCUAGGGAUGUUAUUCAUGAAGACAAGGCUUUCUUUGAUCCUUUUACCAUGAUUAUUGCUACAAACCUACAUGAAAGAGAAAACAUGGAAUUGGCAGAUUUGUGUGAGAAAACCAACAAGACAUUAGUUAUUGUUAAAUCCAAGGGGUUAGUUGGUAUUUUCCGUAUACAAGGACCUGAACAUCCAGUUAUCGAAACACAUCCAGAAAACCCUGUUGAUCUUCGGCUCGGAAACCCUUUUGCUCAAUUGAAGCAGUACUCAAACAGCUUCGACCUUGACGAAUUAGAUCAAACAGAUCAUGCUCACGUUCCAUUUAUUGUUGUGAUCCUGCAAGCAGUCGAAAAAUGGAAAAAGGAGGCAAAGCCUCAAAGUUACAGUGAACGUAAUGAGAUUAAAGCAAUCAUUCGUAAAGGUAUGCGUACCUCUGACGAAGAGAACUAUGAAGAGGCCAUAGCCAACAUCUGGCGACUUGCUCCCUCUUCUAGCAGUGUAUAUGUGCGCCAAGUAUUUGAAGAUCCUGCUUGCAACAACAUUACAGCACAGUCCGAACAUUUCUGGAUAGUUGCAAGAGCUGUGAGAGACUUUUUUGAAAACGAAGGACAUGGCCGAUUGCCAUUGCCAGGAAAGCUACCUGAUAUGAAAUCUGACACAACAAAUUAUGUUGCUCUCCAGAAUGUCUAUCGAGACAAGGCAAAGAAGGAUUUGGCUGCAGUAAUUGGUCAUGUAAAUGCUCUACUAAAGGCAAAUGAUAUCCCAGAGAAUAGCAUAUCUCAAGAUAUGAUCGAAAGCUUCUGCAAGAACUCUGCACACAUCAAGGUAGUCCGCUACAGAUCUCUUGAGGAUGAAAGAGUUAAAAACCCCGAGACAGACAAGAUUGUAACCUGGUUAGAGAAUGAAGACAACAUGAGCUAUUACAUGGUGUAUCGUGCUGCUGAUUUAUUCCAUGAAAAGCACAAAAGAUGGCCUGGAUCUCGAGGUGGAGAUAAUCUUGAGGAUGUGAAGCUUUUAAGAAUAGAGGUCGCAAAAGUAUUGGGAAGCUUGCAGAUCACUAAAGAGAAAUCUGACAUUCUUUUGCAACAGCAAGCAAUGGAAAAUGCAAUUACAAACUAUGUUCGAUUUGCUAAUCGCGAGACAGCAAAUCUGUCCGCUCUCAUUGGAGGCCUUGCUGCUCAAGAGGUUAUCAAGUUGAUCACACGCCAAUAUAUUCCCAUUAACAACACGUGUGUGUUCAACGGAAUCUCUUCGACUAGCGCUAUAUUUGAAUUGUAAUAUUGGAUGUACCAUAUAAAACUCUCUUACCCAUGAUUUUAUACUUGUCUUUAUUUUGAGCACGAAUAUUAAGACAAAGUGAUACAAAAAAAUGCUAUCCUUUAUAUAUAUAUUUAUUUAUAUGUAUAUGUAUAUGUAUAUUUAUAUUUAUAUUUCUAUGUGUAUGUUCUGUGAAUUAUUAUUUGUCUCAAUACAUAUACAUAAGUGGGGUACACACAAACACACACAUACUAUGGAUCUUCCUACACAUUGGUUUAUCAUAAUUUAGACGACCUUUGUACCCUCUGCUUUUGUCGCAACACAGGCAGUAAGAGCAGCUCCAACACCACUACCGUCCUUGGCAAGGCCUAAUCGAAUCUUUGUGCGAAUAUCUGAAUGUUCAGGGAACAGCUCCUGAAGUGCUUCAUACAUUCUUGUCUUGAAAGAAGGAUAAAACUCGAAAAGAGAGCCAUCGAUGCCGAUAUCCACGCCUUCGUCCGGGAUUCCACAGUGGGAUACGAUACCUGCGAUUGCAGUUGCUGCCAAUCUUGCGGCUCUCUUUCCUACCAGCUCAGAUACUUUCUUGACAAUUCUGCACUCAACAACCGACACAUUACUCAGAUUGAGACUUGUGUCCAAAACCUCUUUUGUCUGUGAAAGAUUCUCUGUGUCAUCCUCCUCAAUUUUGGACAUAAACGAAGUCUCGAAUGCCCACAUGGUUGAGAUUUCCUUGGACCAGACAUUGGGGUUAAAAGUACCCUUGGGGCUGAAGAGCAGCUCGCGAUCGAUCAUGUCUACCAAGACAUUGCGGACAAUCUCGCCCAAGUACAUACCAGAGAUCAUCUUCUCGAAUAUCUGGCUAUGGGGGUUGAUCGAUUCACGAUCGAGCUUGUUGUCAAAACGGGUGAGAGGAAGUGCCUGGCGCUCGUUGUCAAACGCACCAAAUUCCAUAUUGAUGAUCAUCUCGGGCGACUUGGUGGGCCCAUCCUUCCACUUUUUGAUAUUGGAAAUCUUUUCGAUGUACGCACCAUUGGCACCUGUUCCGAGGAUCAAACCGGCCAAUGUGUUGGGUUUGUUGUAUGCAUUGGACAAAAGUGUUCCAACUGUGUCGUUCACGAGGGCAGAUACUUUAACGGGUAAGUGCUUUCUCAAAAGAGCAUCCUGAAGAAGCAUGACAGGAUCCUUUCCAAUUGCGCCUGUGCAUGCGAACCCUUUGGUCCAUUGAGAUAAGGUACCGCGGUUGAUCUUUGUUUGGAGAACUGGGAAUGAAAAUGUGUAACCGAGCGGGAGUUCGGAUUCCUUGUCUUCGAGACCCUGCUCCGUAAGGAAGGUGUCGAUGCAUUCGGCAAUAUAAUCACACAAAUUACGCAUAGGACCGUUCUUAAGGGCAUCAGAUACUCUGGCCUUUGUCGACACAGUCUUGAAUUUUCCCUCCCCUUCCAAAGUAACCAGUACAACGCGCAGAUUGGUACCUCCCAAAUCCAACGCGAGAAACUGGCCGCGCUCAUGGCCUGUCAAACGACCUUCCACGUAAGAGGGAAUCAUGGCAACUGUGCAACCUUCUUUUUCGAGACCUUUGUCCAUCUCUUUCAUAAAUCGAGUUCUGAUUUUACAAAGAUGUUCUGUAGUCAGACUGAAUUCAUUGAUGAUAUUCUUCAUGUAUUCUUCCUGUGCCGGAGAUCCACCGAUCUCUUUGAUUUCUGUCGCUUCUUGGGCAUCAGAGAAAGGCAUCUUGAUAUUAGAUUUUUUAUGAUUAUUUAGAGAAAAAGAAAGAGAGAGAAAU